ACAAAAUACAAGCCCUGCAACACAGCGCCGCGUGGCGCAACUUUCGAAGCUUAUAGGUGCUACGUUUGCGUGACGUCCUUGCUCGGUAAUUUCACCGGCGGCAACCAUCACCUUUAAUGAUAGAUAUAAAUUGGUGUCACAAACCAAUAGACAAUCAGUGCAGUCCCAUUACUCAAACAUUCAACAUUGAGGUUUAAUAAAAUCCAUUUAAAAUGAGGACGCUGGGUGCCCUUUGUCUUCUAGGAUGUCUUCUUGUAGUUUGUUCAAGCCGAGAAAUUGGCCAAAAAGAAAGCGACUUAGUAGCUGCAGCCAGCGAUCACAAAGGUCAUCACCAUGAGGAGGGCGGCGGCAAGGAACACCACGCAGAACACCAUGGUGAACACGGUGAGAAAGGACACAAGGGACAUAAAGGACAUCACCAUCACCACAAAGGCGAACAUGGAGAACAUCACAAACACCAUCAUGCGGGCCAUCACCACGAUCACAAGGGAGAACACAAGAAACACUGGGAUGAACACGAUCACCACGGAAAGCACCACGAACAUGGACAUCACCACAAGGGGGGUAAACACCACCAUAAGAAACAUCAUGAUAAAGGCGAGGAAACCGAAGGCUACCACAAGAAAUACCAUAAGGACGAGUACCAUAAAGACCAUCACUUCUACGACGACCACCACAAGGAAGGCAAGCAUCACAAGCAUGGCGACCAUCACGGACACCACGAGAAACAUGGAGGACAUCACAAGAAAGGAGGCCAUCACCAUUCCGGACACGAUGAACACCAUUACGGUAAGAAAGGGCACCACGACAAGCACCACUAUGAUGAAGACCACAAAGGACACAAAGGUCACCACGGCCACGAGGAACACCAUCAUCACCACCAUGAUCAUGGAAAGAAGGGCGGUCACGAAGACCACAAGCAUUGGGGAUACCACCAUGGAAAGCACUGAUUUAAUUAACUAUAAGAUUAUCGUUUUGUUAUUGUUAUGCUCAAAUUACCUCUUCCUAGAUAAACAAAUGUUACUUUUAUAAUUAAAACUGUUAAUAAAAUUAUCUAUCUAA